CACUACACUGGCAGUCUUCAAGCUGCACAGAUCCCAGCAUCAGGUGAGAACCAAACACCACAGACCCUGUCUGUGGUCCCUGAGGAGAAAGUCAUAUUUGGCCUCAACGCCUCGACUCUCUCACAUCUCACUCUCAACAAGAUUCGCAAGAUGUACUCCAAAGUAGACAACAAAGCCAUUGCCAAACAGCUGGGUAUGUCGUCUCACGAGAACGCCACCCCAAUCCGAGUCCUCCAUAACUCUGCAGGACACCUGAGUGGCCCAUCGAGGUCCCUUGGGGGCGUUGUGAUCGGCUACUUGGGUGUUCGUGUGUUCUGUCCUAGGCCUGUGGCAGCCAUGCUUGAUAAUGUGGGGGGUUGCUCUGUCCUUCUUGGUUUGGUUGCCAUGUCGAAGGAUGUGGAAUCACUUUAUGCAUCAGUGAAGGCCCUUUCGUGUGUCAUCAAAACUAGCAAGACAGCACAAAUGGAAAUGAACCAGAGCCUGGGCUACCAGACACUUGCCCUCCUCCUCCGCAAGAAGAAGUCGCUCCUCAACUCCCACAUUCUCCACCUUUGCAUGUCAUUGGCUGGGUCAGGCGAGGCUAGGGAGUCAUCAGCUAUUCCAAGCACGCCUGCGUUCAGUGACCUACUCUGCGACCUGGAGGUGUGGGCAGAUGCACCAGGUGACUUGCUUCGCACUCUCCUGGAGCAUUUGGUGGAGUUGGCCAGGGAGUCUGGAGAGAGGCAGCAUAAUGUUCGCAAAAUGAGACAACUGCGCUUGGUACCACGCCUGCUGCACCUGCUAUGGGAACAAUCGCAGGGCAAAGAAGUGGCCUCAUCAUCCCCGUCAAACAACUCAUCAUCUUCUAAUAAUUCGUCAUCCUUUAAUCAUCACUCAAACGUAAACACAGCCAGUAUAUGUGCCAGUACGCCCGUCAUAUUCACACUGCUCACAACGUUGCUUGCCAACAACCCACGUCCCCAAGAUCUGUUAAGUUUUGGUCAGUUUAUUGUGUCGACGCUUCCCAUCUUGAGCAUAUCGGAGAAACACAUCAACCUGAAAAAUGCAGAGGAAAAAGGGUUUGAAAAUGGAGAUAGCUCAAGCCUCUCUAUGCGAAAUAUUCUGCUGAGGAACAAAUGUCUAGAGAUUGUGCACACACUCAUGUACAAUUCCAACAAAAAUACAAUACAUCUAGGGUUCUGCGAAGAGGUAGUGAAAGUCCUGGGCCUGGAUUGGGUCUUGCUCUUUGCCCAGGGACAUUUACAUCCUUCCACAGUACUCAUUGCACUGCGCAUGUUAGUGGCUCUGCUCUCGAAUGCUGGGAUUCUUCAGAAAUUCAGGGACGCUUCUCACAAUGGCGGCUGGAUGACAGAUGCGCAGCAGGUCACCUCAAAUAAGUACGGUCAGGUCCUUGGCUACUCUGUGGGUUCGGUGGUGAGGUCUCUCAGUGAGAUCAGGGAAGAAGCCUGGCACAUGCCUGGCUUUCAGCUCAUCACGUGGCUUGUUCCACAGCACAUCCACGUGCCUCAAGUCUAUUACCUGCUCCUGGCACUACUGCUUGGCCAGCCGGUGAAGAAUGUGCAGAACAACACAAAGUUGGACUUGGACAGUAUAUGGACCUUCGUGUUUGGCGUUCCUGCCAGCCAGUGUGCGACCACCAUCUCAGGAAGGGUGUCCUUGUGCCCCGAGGCAGCCAUUGCCAUCUUGGCCAUGGUACGAGCCAUGCUGAACCAGGAGGACAAAGGACAGUUUACAGCAACUGCCACUGUAGCCGGUUCCACAAAGGAACUUCCUGAAUGGCUGCAGAGCUACCCCGUAACCCUCAUCCAGUUCCUGCGAUUCCUCUACCAGCAGAAUGGUGACUUCCUCCCAGUCUUCCUGUCUGGGGAUGUUCUAGCAGCUCUAGCCUCGACACUUUUCCCUUACACAGGCGCGUCUGAACCCCCCAGUCUGACCUCUCCUGACGAUGAGAAGUUCAUAACUAGUGGGGAUGUAGUAAUAGUCAAGUGUGAGUCAGAUGGGAGUCUUACCAACCAUCCGGCCAAGAAACAGGUCAUGGAUUUCCUGAAAAACCUGGUUGUCGACUCGCUGUCUCUGCCCCCGGCAAGCAAAGGCCCACACACCAUUGAUCUUUUGUUGGAGGCCACCCCAGAGAACAGCAGCAUGGCCCAGGUGUGUGAGUUCCAGACGCAGCUGCUGGGUACCCUCAUGGAGCACCUGCUGGAUGCAGAUAUCCUCAUUGGAGAAGGUGCAGCCUUGCCCGUUGUGGCGGGGGGUUCCAUUCAGCACAUUGCACCCAACGUCUUCUAUCUUGCAGCAAGGAUUGUGGACAAACUCUGGGCAGGCAUAUUCAACAAGGACCCCCAUGAAGUAUUUGACUUCAUCAUCAAGCUCAUCUCACAAGCCAAGCGCCGUGCAUCUGGCAUUAACCUGGAGUCCAUUUAUCAUUGCCUCAACCGGACUAUUCUCUACUUGCUCUCAAGACCAGCUGACUCCAUUGCGUCACAGAUGUCGAUCCUGGAAGCUCUUCACAAGCUAACAACUCACAGAAGUGUCGUGUUUGGUGCGGGGAACCAUGAGCCUGAGUUUGUUGCCUGCCUCACCUACUGCUUGUUGCAACUCACUGCAGACAUCAAGAUCAAGUGGGUAGCACUGACUGGUUUGGAUAUUUGCAUCAAGCUACAAAAGGUGACUGGAGGCCUGACAAGGCUGGCAUCAAGGACGAAGGGGCGGAGGGAAGACAGCAUCGUCACCCGCAAGAUCAACAUGCCGAUGUCAGAUGUGCAGAUGGCUACUUUCACCCAUAUCUCCAUCAUUGGGGAUCUAGUGGACCUGCAGCACAGGCAGUACCUGCAGAAACAGAAACACAUGGCAAGCUAUGUCUGGGAGUCAUGGGAGAGAUGUGAGAGGGAGCUGACGAGGGAACGGGGACUUUGGGGGCCCAUGAAGGGUUCGCGCCUGAAUAAGUGGAUCCUAGAUGCAACAGAAGGACCUUGUCGCAUGAGGAAGAAGAUGGUCCAUAACAGGCACUUCUACAAGCACUAUCCUUUCAAACCCCAAACAGAGAACUACGAAAAUCGUCACCUCAAGUACAAAGUGGCCACGAGCUUUGACAGCAAGGAGUAUGCAGAGAGACGACGCCCUGAAGGUCUCACAGACCUUGAGGUGCAUGAAAAGGAACCGGUCAUUGAGGAGGAGACAGCCAACCUUGAAAAUGAGAGCUUUGCAGGAAGAGAAGUGUCCGAUAUAGUUUUGGAACUUCUCUUUAAGCUACAAAAGGUGACUGGAGGCCUGACAAGGCUGGCAUCAAGGACGAAGGGGCGGAGGGAAGACAGCAUCGUCACCCGCAAGAUCAACAUGCCGAUGUCAGAUGUGCAGAUGGCUACUUUCACCCAUAUCUCCAUCAUUGGGGAUCUAGUGGACCUGCAACACAGGCAGUACCUGCAGAAACAGAAACACAUGGCAAGCUAUGUCUGGGAGUCAUGGGAGAGAUGUGAGAGGGAGCUGACGAGGGAACGGGGACUUUGGGGGCCCAUGAAGGGUUCGCGCCUGAAUAAGUGGAUCCUAGAUGCAACAGAAGGACCUUGUCGCAUGAGGAAGAAGAUGGUCCAUAACAGGCACUUCUACAAGCACUAUCCUUUCAAACCCCAAACAGAGAACUACGAAAAUCGUCACCUCAAGUACAAAGUGGCCACGAGCUUUGACAGCAAGGAAACUACUAAUAGUAUUUUGAACCUUCCCUUCACGCUAGAUGUCCAGGGGCUGCAAGGUGCGAUUGUGAAGAGUGGAGGCCUAAAUAACAGAGCAGCUUCUGAGGCGGAUGAUGAAGGGGACACCCUAGACAUUGGUGAGAUGGUGGGCCAGGAUUCCAACACGCCCACAGAUGACUCCCAAAAUCCUGAUAAUCAGACACUCUUAAGGCUGUUAGACUAUGGUGAAAAGAUCAGCCACAUGUUCAGAUGUGCAAGGAUUCAGGGUCUGGACACCAUCGAGGGGCUGCUGCUCUUUGGCCGUGAGCACUUCUACAUUGUGGACGGCUUCACCCUCCUCAAGUGCCGGGAGAUCAGGGACAUAGCCUCGCUGCCUGAGGGGACGCACGAGCCCAUCAUCCCUUCAACCAACCCCAUGACCAGCCUGGAGCACCAUGCAUGCUCCAAGUUCCAUUACGAUGAAAUUCGGGAAGUGCACCAAAGAAGAUACUUACUGCAACCCAUUGCUCUGGAGAUUUUCUCAUCUGAUGGCAGAAACUACUUACUUGCCUUACCUAGGAAACUUCGUAACAAAAUAUAUCAGAGAUUGAUGGUAGUAUGCACAGGCCUGGCAGACAAUGCACAGCAGUCUGUUGAAGGCCAGAGGCGGUCUGCAAGCGUAGAGCAGGCUGGAGGUCUGUUCUCAUCUAUAAUUGGAGAAACUUCGGUUACACACAGAUGGGUGCGUGGGGAAAUCAGCAACUUCCAGUACCUCAUGCACCUGAACACACUGGCUGGUAGGUCGUACAAUGACCUGAUGCAGUACCCAAUCUUUCCUUGGGUCCUAGCCGACUAUGCAUCUGAGGAACUGGACCUGACGAGCUCCAUCACCUUCAGGGAUCUUUCCAAGCCUAUGGGGGCACAGACCCCCGAAAGGCUGGAGCAGUUUGCCAAGCGCUACCGGGAGUGGGACGACCCUUCUGGCGAGACCCCACCCUACCACUACGGCACGCACUACUCCUCAGCCAUGAUCGUCUCUUCCUACCUCGUUCGGAUGGAGCCCUUCACUCAGCAUUUUCUCAGGUUACAGGGCGGCCACUUCGACUUGGCUGACCGUAUGUUCCACAGCAUGAAGGAGGCGUGGCACUCUGCCUCUCGUAACAACAUGGCUGAUGUCAAGGAGCUCAUUCCCGAGUUCUUCUAUUUACCUGAAUUCCUCAUCAAUUCCAAUAGAUUUGACUUAGGUUGUAAACAGAGUGGGACACAGCUAGACGAUGUUGUGCUCCCUCCAUGGGCUAAAGGCGAUGCACGGGAGUUCAUUCGCUUGCACAGAGCUGCCCUGGAGUGUGACUAUGUCUCAGCACACUUGCAUGAAUGGAUUGACCUGAUAUUUGGGUACAAGCAGCAAGGACAGCCCGCAGUCGAGGCUGUUAAUGUCUUCCAUCACCUCUUCUAUGAGGGAAAUGUGGAUAUUUACAGCAUUGAUGACCCACUGAAGAAGAAUGCAACCAUUGGCUUCAUUAACAACUUUGGCCAGAUUCCCAAACAGCUCUUCCGCAAGCCCCAUCCUUGUAAGAAGCUCUCAGGCCAGCGUACCUCGCUGAUCGACGGUGGGCCUCUCUCUCAGGCCCCAUCUGUUACACCUCUUGAGAAGGUCUUUUAUCAGAAUUUGGAUAAUCUUAGGCCUACAAUGCAACCCGUUAAAGAAGUGAAGGGGGCUGUGGGACAGAUCAUAGCACAAGACAAGGUCAUCUUGGCUGUAGAGCAGAACAAGACAUUGAUCCCUCCAACGUACCAACGAUAUUUGGCCUGGGGAUUCGCAGAUCAGAGCCUUCGUAUUGGUGGUUAUGAGAGCGAGCGUGCAGUUUUAGUGAGUGAAACUCCUCAGAAUGGGGAGAUUUUAGCAGCUGUGUGCCCUAACAACAAGACUAUAAUAACUGCAGGGACCUCAACAGUGGUGAAUGUUUACGAGAUCAUCAAGCGUCAACUGGUCCAUAAGAAAUCGCUUUAUGGCCAUAGUGACGGCAUUACGUGCCUGGCAGCGAGUAGCGCAUAUGGCCUCUUGGUGUCAGGGAUAAUGUGGGGCAUUGAAUAUGUCCAAGUACCAGCGGAUGACUCUGCUGACAACAACAAUAGCAAUGCCAGCAGUAUUAGCAGCGACCAAAAUGACUCUGCCACCAAUGACGCCAAGGCUGAGGGUAAUGAAGGAAUAGCCUCCAGUGGUGGAAGUAAGGGCUCUAAAUCCCCCAAAUCUCCCUCUGGCCGAUCUCCCACCCACCCUCUCCAGCCAGGGCGCUCAGCACGCGCCAAUGAGCUGGUCCGGCGAUUGUCCACUGUAGAGGACUUCCCCCCAGCUCUGUUGACCAAGAGUGUGAGUGAGAGCAGCCUGUCAGAGGAGGGAGAGAGUGAUGUUGAGGAGAGUGACAAGGCAGAGGCCUCGGAGGACAUGGGGGCCGUAGACCUGGAUUCCUAUACUGUUGUGUCUGCUGAUCCGACCAAACUGGCCACCAGCGAGGAGGAAAUUGUUGUGGAGACGACGGAGCAUAGUCCAGAAAAAUUGGGCAAGGAGAAGAGACCUCUGCACAGACAAGUUGCUGUCUCUAUCUCUACCAUUAGUACACCGAGCAUAGAAACUUCUCAGUCACAGUCACUUGAGGCUCAGGACGAUAUUGUAUUGAGAAGGAGUUCCAAUUACCCUCAAGGUGUAGCCAGAGCCAUAAGCACCAUCGAGAGAGGUGUAGCACAUGAAGGCCAGCGUGGACCAGACCACCGGCUCCAGACCAGCAAGAGUGAGACUAGUCUUGCGGACAGUGAUGCCUUUGUUCUUAUUUCGGACUCUGAGGUGCGUGAGGCUCAGAGUCAGCAGACAGCUGUGCAAGAGGCCAAGAAGAAGCUGCCAAGAAAUCCUCUUAUGCCAGGAAUGAAGUGGGCAUGUCAACUGGUUUUCCGCAGCAAGUUAACCAUGCACACAGCCUAUGACCGAAGAGAUAACACAGAGCCAGCUUCAGUCACAACCUUGGCAGUCUCAAAGGACCAUCGGACGGUGUUGGUGGGAGAUGCCCGAGGGAGGGUAUUCUCCUGGAGCGUGCCAGAUCAGCCAGGACGAGCUGUGGCUGAUCACUGGGUCCGUGACGAUGGGAGCGAUGCCUGUGCCCAUUGCCAGGUCAAGUUUAGCAUCUAUGAGCGGCGGCACCAUUGCAGGAAUUGCGGACAUUUAUUCUGCUCAAGGUGCAGUAGAUUUGAAUCGGAAAUAUCUCGUCUACGCAUCCUGAAACCUGUAAGAGUCUGCCAGAAGUGCUAUACAACAUUAAGACACGACAAAUAAGUGUCGUAGGUUCUUAAGGAAAAAAGGAAAACCCCCAGAAAUACGAAAGAAAAAUCCUUUUCUGCAAUGCUAAGUCAUUUUUGAAGUGGUGAUGAGAUUGUAAAAUAAGAUGACAAACAUACAGGUGGCUUAAAGACCGACAUAGUUGGCAUUUUAAGAGAUUUUUCUAUUUCAUGAGGCCACCACACUCACUCACUGGCGAUAAUGGCUCCUUUACGCACUGUAUUUGUAUGGAGCGAAUCCAGUUUGAAUCGGAUUUAUCAUGAAAAGAAGUUCUCGCAAAUGGUACCUUUUUAGCUUGUUAAAAUUUUGACCGUUGGGUCACUAAAAUUCUCCAGAACAUUCCAUAUUUUUGGAUUAAGAGUUCUAUCUUAAUUUGAUAAUGGAUAUUUGUAUAUAUAUGAAGAGUUUUAAUAGUAGUGCGGAGGUUUGGAGGAAUGCAGCAUGUGGACUUGGAAGUAGGUUUUUGAAAUUGUAUUCACAACAUUAACCUUUCAUUCCACACUGGCCAUUGUGCUUGCAUUUCCAUCAUGUGUUCAUGAUUGAGUUUUCAUAAUUUUAAAAAAUUUGUUCCCUUUCACCCAUUUCUCUCUCUCUCUCUCUUUCUCUCCUCUUGCUACCUCUUAUUCUGUAUUCCUCAAAAUGUUAAGCAGGUUAUACAGGAUAUGCACUACUUUUCAGUGAUAUAAUUCAGUCACCUCUGCAAGAGCUGCAAGAAAAGGGAUAGAGCCUUAUUUGAUUAAUGACUGUCGUGUCAUAUAUAACACUGCAGACAAAGAGUUGAGAAUAAGAGAGGAUGGGACUUUAUUGUCAUUUCUUGAAGCUUUAGAGAGAGGGAAAAGAAAUUCGCCUUGCUCGGAGGAAUGAUGUAAAGGAGACACUGCAGCUGCAAGGCGUACUUAGUCACCUUACAGAUUUUAAAAAAGGAAAGUUGUUUAUCUCAAUAUAUAAACUAUCCGUAUCUGUAUAUAGUGCGUUAAAAGGUUUGUUAUUUCUGUUGCUCUAGAAUGGUUAAAGAAAGAUUUUUUCUGAUAACGUUUCAGGGUGACAUUUAGAGAUGAAAGUUUCAUCAUGCAUAUAUGUGCACAGGUAAAUAGGUAUUUGAAUAUAUAAAUAUAUGUAUAUAUAUUAUGAUUAUUAAUGUAUUAGGGACUUCCAUCCUCGACACUUUCCUGUGCGGAGCUUGAUAUUAUUUGUAAUGCGUAUUUUGAUAGAGGUCUCAGCCAAUUAUUAUUUUUAUAAUUUUGUUAGUGUGCCAUUUGCUAGCAUUUUAGCAGUAAUGUAAUUUCCAACAUUCAGGGGAGGCAGAUUUUGCUCUUGCAUGCUGCCUUCAACACUUAUUUUAUUAGAUGUGUUAUGUACAGUUCUGUAUAUCAAUAUCUUAUAUGAAAGAUCACAUCUGUUCCCGUAGCAAAGAGUAUGUAUUUGUAGCCAUAGCUGUUGUUGCAAGUCUCAGUUUAUUUUUGGAUUAUUAGAUGCAUACUUAAAUUUUAUUUAUCUAUUUAUUUUUUUUUUUUUAGUUUUCUCUCAUAAAGUUCAAGUGUAUGAACUCGAAGUUAACAUUUAUGAUUCCACGCUGUUGCUAGCUCGGCGCCAGUUUCGAAACCCAAGGUCCUGGUUUGCACUGACUUAGUGUUGCAGAGAUAGAAGACCAAUGCUCACGUGGCAGAUUCGCUAACACCCUCACUGCUGGCACGCAGCUCAGUUGAUGUAGAGGUAGACGUGUGUCGUUCAUUAAAAAAAUAAUAUAUUAAUAAAAUAAAAAAUGGUAGUAGUUGUGCGUUUCAGCAUAUGUUAGUCCUACGGUUCUUUGUGUAGUGAUCUUUGAUUGGCAGUUUUCCCUGGCUUGCCAUCAUGAGGUAACAAUGCAAAGCACUUGUAGAGUGAGGAUAAAAGCGAAAUGGAAUAGCAACAAAAUACAGAAGGAAAUUUAAGACACAUAACAGUUUUGUUAGUCUAUGGUAAAGAAGGCGUGUAGUCAACGUCACGUGUGUAAAUAGAGAGCAGUUGUUGUUCAUAGCGCGUCACAUACCCCCUCCCCCCCUCUACCCCAGCCUCACCCAUCCUGGUCCAUUCAUCAUAACCUCUCACGUCUGUGAUGCCGGAGGUCUGUCUCUUUAAAUUGGUGUAGGUGGCAGAACUGGCCAGCAGUGCCAGCUGUGCCGCAAGAGGUCUAGAACCACAGACUGGUGGUUGGAGGUUGUCACAAGGUUGUUGGCAGUUUGCGUGAUUAAGAGCUAGUGAUUCCAAUGCAGAAUGCUUGACCCAGGUGGCUUACUCCCUUGAUUCUUGGCUGGUUGGAGAGAGUAGCAGUGGGAUGCAAGGUAUCUUUUUUUGACUGCUUUGUUAUAGUGCAGGAAAAUUGCGAAUUAUGUUCUUUGGGGGUUUUAAGUCAUUUCUUCAGCAGUUGUGUUGUAAAUGGCAGAUUCAUGAAUGAAGAUAUUAGACUCAUGAUCCUGUAUUUCAGCUGUAUGGCCCAAAAAGGCAUUCUUAAGAGAUGGUCGUAAAUAUUUGUCAUCAGAAGUCUUUGUAUUAGCUCAGGCAUGUCAUCUUUAGUCUCCCUGAAGUCCAGUCAGAGACCUUUUUGGAGACAUCCCACUGUUUCAGGAAGGCAUUUUCAGUCGAGAACCUUGAGAGGGAAGAAAAAAAGAAAAAAAGAAUGAGAAAAGAAGAAAAAGGAUAAAAGAAAGUAACACCUCAGUUAAGAGUGAGAGGCGAGGUCAGUGAUAUCCUUGAUUGUUGUGCAAAGCCUCCCACCAAUAUGUGCCUAUAGUUAUGUGUUGAUGUGGAUGUACAUGUGGUAGUUUCUCCCUCCAGUCCUUCAAGGCAGGUUCCCUUUCGGUCCACGCGUUGCUACUCGCUCACGGAUUUUAAUGUUGAUUUUGAUCCUUGUUGGAAGUCUGUUUUAUAUCAAAAUGGCCCAGUCUGCAGAACCUUCCCAUGUAUUGUUUCAUAUUAUCAUAAUGAUUUUAUUAUCAUUGUUGUUAUUACUAUUAUUAUUAUUAUUAUAAUUAUUAUUAUUUUUAUUAUUAUUAUUAUUAUUAUUAUUAUUAUUAUUAUUAUUAUUAUUAUUAUUAUUAUUAUUAUUAUUAUUAUUAUUAUUAUUAUUGUUAUUAUUAUUAUCAUCAUUAUUAUUAUUAUUAUCAUCAUUAUCAUUAUUAUCAUUAUUAAAAUUAUUAUCGUUAUUAUUAUUAUUAUUAUUAUUAUUAUUAUUAUUAUUAUUAUUAUUAUUAUUGUUAUUAUUAUUAUUAUUAUUAUUAUUAUUAUUUAUAAUCAUCAUUUAUGGCUGUUGUUCUUAAUGUAUUUAUUAUUGACAAUUUGUUACUUCAACAUAGUGUGUAUGAAAUGCUUUACUUCUUCAGCAUUUCCGUUUAGUCCUUGUUUGUGGUUCUGAACCCAUCAUGAUACUCCAGUCAUCCCCCCCCCCCCCCCCUCAUGGUUCAUUCAUGGCCUCUCAUUCAUUAGCAUUUCUCAUGAGAGUUAGGAAAAGUUGGCUUUUACAUCCUGCACAAGAACUUUUUUAAGAUUGAGUUUUCCUAUUUAGAUUUUUUAAAGGGUAUUCGUAAAAAAUAAAAAAAUAGAAAAGGUUUGUUUGUUAGGAAAGCAGAUUUUGUGAGUCAUUUAUUAGGGUUAUUGUUUCUUUCUCUUACUUUACUUUUUUAUCCACUAAAUUGAAAUUUAUGGUGGUAAAAGAAGUGAACAAAAGUGGCGAAUGUAGCGAAGGAGAGCCAGUGUAUCCAGAGUGAAGGCUUUUGGGGUCAUGCAAAAUGCAAUUCUCUAGUCAAAGCAAGAUCUGUAAUGGUAAUGGAUCAUCCGAACAGUAUAUGAGGGAACAGUACCUGGUCUACAUUUCUAAAAACUGUAAUGUAGUUUUACAGUUCUCCUUGUGAGUGGCAUGUAACAGUGUCCCUUUAUCACUGUUUUUAUUCCUUAAUUUAUUUUUUUAUUUUUUUUUAUUUUUAUUUUUUUUUCCCUCCCACCAGUCAACCCUUUUUGUCUUGUCUUUUGUCAGGAGUGUAUUGUGAUUGAGUCUUUUCGUGCUUAAAAAGUUUAGAUUGUACCUCGUAACGUCGGCUUCUGCUUGUUUUUUUUUUUUUUUUUUUUUUUUUUACAUUGUGUGCUUGUUACGAGUUUUGUUCAAGGGAAAAAAGGGGCACUGGGUCACACGAAGUCGGUGGCUGACUGGUCCACGUGUGAAAUCUAGUUGAGUGGGAAUUCUGCUAACGAGUCUGGUGUUGUGAUUUUGUGUUUUAGUGUUUAGUUUGUCAUUAAUUUUCCUUUUCUUUUUUUAUCCAUUUUUGUGUCGGUUAUUCUCUUCACAAAAGUUAUGUGAUUAAGAUAUAUGAUCUAUUUAUUUAUAUUUUGAGUGACUUGAGCACCUAAAGAUAUCUCAGUUAACGAAAAACGUUCCAUAUGUUCAUGUGAUAAUUAAGUACUUCUUCAAGAAGUUGGGAUAUGAUUCUGAAGAAAACUUUAGAAAUAAAGGUUAGGUGAAUGUAUAUUAAACCUUAUGGUUGAAAUUAUUGCUAAUCUGGAGAAAAUAAUGAUUCUGUGAAAUUCAUUGAUAGGACUUCGAAUAUUGUGUAAUUUUUAACAAAUUGUCUGCAUAUUUAGUGAAAUAUAUAUAUAUAUAUAUGUAUAUAUAUAUUCCCCCUCUCCCAGCCUCUCUCAUGUAUUCCUUCUCCUGCCUAGUUUUAUUUAACUCAUGUGCCAUAAUUAUUUUCUUAUUGUCACAAUGAUAUACUUAUAACUAUAUUUCAAGGCCACUGGAUCAUGGAAAAGCUGUUAAUGACAGGGUGAAACCACUGUUUUAUCAGACACAAAUGUACGAAUGAACUGUGUAUGUAUACAGGCGUACAUAAACAGUAGCAUGUUUUUAAGUUCCAGGAUUCUAGUUACAAGCACCAAGGUCUAAUUCGUCUUGACAUUUUUUAACUAUUAAUUUUUUGUCAUUUGCCCAGUUUAGAAUUUAUCUUAUUCUCAAGGAAGAAAAAUAAUACUCAUGUAUGCAAAAAAUUUAAUUUGUAUCACAAAAUGAUUCUCACAUUGUAGCUUUACACACACACACACACACACACACACACACACACACACACACACACACACACACACACACACACACACACACACACACACACACACUCUCUCUCUCUCUCUCUCUCUCUCUCUCUCUCUCUCUCUCUCUCUCUCUCUCUCUCUCUCUCUCUCUCUCUUUCACUCUCUCUCU